UCCCAGUAUGUUCUGGUCUGACAGCGUCAUUCCAGCCACCUUCUCCCGUCAUGUUCUACUGUUGUUCCUAAUUUCCUAAAACUUUUCCAUACGAAGAUUAUUCAUACAAGUGUUUGUAAAACUUAAAACAGUCAAGAUGUCGAGUGUCGCCUAUUACAUCUCUAAUUUGCUAGAAAAAAUGACAUCCACUGACAAAGAUUUUCGGUUCAUGGCCACCAAUGACCUGAUGAUGGAGUUGCAGAAGGACUCAAUAAAACUAGACGAGGACAGUGAGAGGAAGGUGGUGGCUAUGUUGCUCAAACUACUGGAGGACAAGAAUGGAGAGGUCCAGAAUUUGGCAGUAAAAUGUCUGGGUCCCCUCGUGAGCAAGGUGAAGGAGUACCAGGUGGAGACCAUGGUGGACACUCUCUGCAGUAAUAUGGUGUCAGACAAAGAGCAGCUCAGAGACAUCUCCAGCAUGGGGUUGAAAACAGUCAUUGCUGAGCUACCGCCAACAACCUCAGGCAUGGCCCUGACCUGUAACGUGUGUAAGAAGAUCACCUCUCAGCUGAUCGGAGCUCUGGGGAAGCAGGACGACGUGUCCAUCCAACUGGAGGCUCUGGAUAUCCUGUCAGACAUGCUCAGCAGGUUGAGUGGCGCCUUGUCCAGUUUCCACAUCUCCAUCCUGUCCAGCCUGCUGCCCCAGCUGACCAGCUCCCGUAUGGCCGUGCGGAAGCGCACCAUCAUCGCCCUUGGCCACCUCGUGCCCAGCUGCAGCCCAGCCCUCUUCACACAGCUCACGGAGCACCUGCUUACCGAGCUCACCCGCGGCACCCCCACCUCCAACACCCGUACCUACAUCCAGUGCCUGGCCACCGUCAGUCACCACGGAGGACACAGAGUCGGGGAACACCUUGAGAAGAUUGUGCCAAUGGUGGUCAAGUUCUGCAAUGUUGAAGAUGAUGAACUGAGGGAGUACUGCUUUCAGGCCUUUGAAGCCUUUGUGCGCAGAUGUCCCAAGGAAAUGUCCCCUCACAUCACCACAGUGAUUAAAUUAUGUCUGAAGUACAUCACCUAUGACCCCAAUUAUAACUAUGAUGGGGACGAUGACCAAGAGGAUUCCAUGGAAACUGAAGAGGAUGAAGAUGAGGAGUCAGACGAUGAGUACAGUGACGAUGACGACAUGAGUUGGAAGGUCCGACGGUCCUCAGUGAAGUGCCUGGAGACAGUGAUCAGCAAUCGCCGUGACCUUCUGGUGGACCUGUACGGUUCCGUCUGCCCCACCCUGGUGUCCUGCUUCAAGGAACGCGAGGAGAACGUGCGAACGGACAUCUUCCUGGCCUUUGUGGCGCUCCUCAGGCAGACCCACCCGGUAGCGGGGGCAACAGUUGUCCUUGAGCCUGGGGCAAAAGAGUCGCCCGCGGUCACCCUGCUCAAGAAACAGGUGCCCACAGUGGUGAAGGCCCUGCAUAAGCAACUGAAGGAGAAGAGCAUGAAGUCCAGACAGGGCUGCGUUAGUCUGCUCACAGAGCUGGCCAACGUGCUGCCCGGAGCCCUGGGAGAGCACAUACCUGCACUCAUACCCGGUAUUGUGUAUUCCCUCACUGAUAAGUCCACCUCGUCCAACAUGAAGAUUGACGCCCUUGCCUUCCUCCAUGUUCUUCUGUCCAGCCAUACCCCUGAAGUCUUUCACCCCCACAUCAGCGUCAUCUUACCGCCUGUUGUGCGUUGUGUGGACGACUCCUUCUACAAAAUCAUCUCUGAAGCCCUUUUAGUCACCCUACAGGUGGUGAAGAUCAUUCGACCAGUGGACAAACCCUCCUCUUUUGACGCCAAACCCUAUGUGAAAGACAUCUUCUCUGCCACCGUAAAGAGGCUGAAGGCAGCAGACAUAGACCAGGAAGUGAAGGAGAGGGCCAUUUCCUGUAUGGGCUACAUCGUCAGCCAUCUUGGAGACCAACUGGGUGGAGACCUGCAGCCCACCCUGCAGAUCUUCCUCGAGAGAUUGAAGAACGAGAUCACCCGCCUCACGGCCGUGAAGACAAUCACACUGGUCGCGGCGUCCCCGCUCAAGAUCGACCUGCGUCCCAUCCUCACAGAGGGCAUCCCCAUCCUGGCCUCCUUCCUGCGGAAGAAGCAACGAGCCCUCAAGCUGGGCACACUGACCGCUCUCAACGUGAUCGUGACGAACUACAGUGACAGCCUCAAGCCGCCCAUGAUCGAUGCCGUGCUCGCGGAGCUGCCGGCGCUCAUCCAGGAGAGUGACAUGCACGUGUCUCAGGUGGCCAUCACGCUUCUGGCCUGCAUGGCUAAAGCCUGCCCAUCUUCCCCCUCCAAGAUCGGUGGCACUAUCCUACCCGAGGUGCUCCGUCUGGUCCACUCCCCGCUGCUCCAGGGAGGGGCUCUGAGCUCCAUCCUGGACUUCUUGCAGGCCCUGGUGCUGACAAAGUCCAGCAACAUGAGCUACAAUGAUCUGCUGAAAGCUUUAACAGGUCCCUUCUAUGGAGCUAAAACAUCAGAUCUUCCCAUGCAUCGCCAGGCCUACUAUUCCGUCGCCAAGUGUGUGGCUGCCCUGGCCUCGGCAUGCACCAAAGAAGCUUCUGGAAUGAUCACCAACCUCAUCCAGGAAGUGAAGAGCUCCAAGUCAUCCGAGUCGGUGCGGAUCCUGUCCUUCCUGUGCCUGGGCGAGGCCGGCCGUUCCAUGAACCUAAGCGGGCAGAAGGAGCUGAGGAACGUCAUCCUGGAGGCGUUUUCAUCCCCCAACGAGGAGAUCAAAUCGGCCGCCUCCUGCGCCCUGGGCAACAUCUGCGUGGGGAACCUGGAGGAGUACCUGCCCUUCAUGCUGACGGAGAUCGGCAGCCAGCCCAAGAAGCAGUACCUGCUGUUGCACUCCCUGAAGGAGGUGAUCAGCGCCUCCUCGCCCGAGCACCUUAAGCCCCAUCUAGAGAAUGUCUGGGCACUGCUCUUUAAGAACUGCGAGUGCCCUGAGGAGGGAACGCGGAACGUGGUUGCUGAGUGCUUGGGGAAGCUCACACUGGCCAACCCCUCUGAGCUGUUGCCCCGGCUUAAGAAGCAGCUGUCAUCAGGGUCCCCUCUCGCACGCAGUACCGUUGUCACAGCUGUGAAAUUCACAAUUGUUGAUCAGCCCGUGCCCAUUGACUCACUACUGAAAGGCUGCAUAGGUGACUUCCUGAAGACCCUGCAGGACCCUGAUCUGAAUGUGAGGCGGGUUGCCUUGGUGAUGCUGAACUCAGCAGCCCACAACAAGCCUGCACUGAUUCGAGGCCUCUUAAGUAAAGUGCUCCCUCACCUCUACAACGAGACACAGAUCAGAAAAGACCUUAUACGAGAGGUAGAGAUGGGACCCUUUAAGCACACAGUGGAUGACGGUCUGGACGUGCGCAAAGCUGCGUUUGAGUGCAUGUACACGCUGCUGGACAGCUGUCUCGACUGCCUGGACAUCUUUGAAUUCCUUGACCACGUGGAGGAAGGGCUCAAGGACCACUAUGAUAUCAGGAUGCUGACGUUCAUCAUGCUGGCCAGGCUGUCAUCUCUGUGCCCCAGUGCAGUAGUGCAGAGGCUGGAUCGACUGGUGGAGCCACUGAGGGCCACAUGCACUACAAAGGUGAAGGCGGGAUCGGUGAAGCAGGAGUUUGAGAAGCAGGAGGAGCUUAGGCGCUCUGCCAUGCGUGCCGUGGCUGCCCUCCUCUCCAUCAGCGAGGUCGAGAAGAGCCCUGCCAUGGCAGACUUUGCCAACCAGAUUCGCUCCAAUGCAGAGAUGGCCACCAUCUUUGAGAGCGUGCAAGGAGACGUCAUGUCAGGCGGUGUGGAAGCCAUGGAUACCAGUUAAAGGCCUCACCAAGUCAAAUGGGUUGUUCAAUUCUAGUCUCAAAAGGUUCAGCGUAAUAUAUGUAGCAAUAGCGAGGUGCCAAGACCUGAGCCAGGGUAGUAGCCAACCACAGAUACUACACACACACACAGUAGUUCAAAGUAGGAAUGACUACUUUUUACAGCACUUACUGAAAUGAGUUGAAUUUUUAUAACUACCUGCGCAAGAUUCAAUCGAUUUGAUUUUCACCACUCAAAACAGACUGAACUCACGUGUGAAUUUCUGGCGUAGGUUAC